AUGCCGCCCGCGACGGCGACCGCCACGGUCUCCCUCCGGGAGCUGGCCGACCUGGCCAUCGGCACCCCGGAGGUGGGCGCCGUCAAUUUCACGGCCCUGCACACGCUCAUCGUGGCCAUGCUCCGGAGCCUCAACCUGCAGGAGAUGCGCAUCAACUUCCAGUCGCCGUCGCCCGAGUCGAGUCGCUCCUCGGAGCUCCCGCGGACCGUGCUCAGCGCCCCGCAGCUGGCUGUGCCCAAAGAGAAGCCGCGCGGCAGCUCGGCCAGGCCGCCGGCGCUGGAGAGCCGGGUGAAGGACCUCAGCAAGCAGCUCAAGACCGUCACAAGCCAGGUGCAGGGCAUCAUGAGCCACGUGCAGCACCUUACUUAUCCCGUGGGCCGGCUGCCCGUGGACUCCCAGGACUGGCUGCAGGAGGAGAUGGCCGUGCUGCUGCCGGACAGGGCUCGAGGAGGGUCGAUGAAAAUCGGGAAGGACGGCGAGCAGGACGGCGAGCGGGCCAGCGUCACCAAGGCCACGGUGCUGCUGCACGAUGUCGCAGAAGACGUGAAAGCCUUGAAAGAAGCCAAGGAAAAGGCGCAGGAGCAUUCCGAGGUGAGGUCCCCUGGUGAGGGAGGUGGGGAGCCCCACCUCGCGGAUGAGUCGCCCCUUCCCACGCGGCGCUUUUCCUCGCCGCUCCACCACCAGUCCUCAGACACCUAG